GCCUCUCACCCAUAAACCACACCAACCCGCAUCCCAACUAACUGUACACUACUCUUUCCAUCCUCACGUUCAACGUUCAACGUUUAUACCACUGAAUCCACCAUGCCAAUUCGAGGCUCGGAUAUCUGUCUGAUCCUGGUGACCAUCCUUUGCCCGCCUGUCGCGGUGUUCUUCAUGUCGGGUUGCAGCUGCGACCUGCUCAUCAACGUCUGUCUGACGAUCUUGGGUUAUAUUCCGGGACAUAUUCAUGCGUUCUGGCUGAUAUACAAGAAGAUGAAGGCAGAGGAGCGCUACGGCCGUGGCGGCUUCCAAUACGUUGGCAACGGCCACUAUGAGCCCUUAUACAAUGCGCCCGCUGGUGCUCCUCCUGCCGGCUAUGGCGCCACCGGUGGCAGCUACGCGUGAAGCAAGUUGGCAUUUCACGGUACACUAGGAUCGUUACAGUAAAGCACUGCGUACUCUCUCGGAUUCCUGCUCUGCAAAUGCUGUGCUGCGACUAUUAUGACUUGUUGAAUAUAUAUAUUCGCAUGAAGGGCAUAUGACCGCGUGUGCAAACAUGAGUAUAGUAAUU